AUGCUGUCCACUCUGUUCCGCGCCGGUUACCUCGCUUGGGCAGCUGCUGCUGUCCUGGCUCACGAUAAUGGACUCGCUCUCACGCCGCAGAUGGGUUGGGACACCUGGAAUUACUAUGGCUGCGACAUCAGCGAGGACACCAUCCUAAGCGCCGCGCAGGCGUUUGUCAAGUAUGAUUUGCCAAAGUAUGGCUACGAAUACGUGGUCAUGGAUGAUUGUUGGCAGGCGGCAGAAAGGAAUGCUACCACAGGCGCGCCAGUAGCUGAUCCCGCCAAGUUCCCUUCUGGAAUGAAAGCGCUAGCCGACCAGAUACACUCACUUGGCCUGAAGUUCGGUGUCUACAGCAGUGCCGGAAAGUACACUUGCGGCGGACAUUUCGGGUCUUUGGGCUAUGAAGAGAUCGAUGCAAAGGCGUACGCGGAAUGGGGUGCGGAUUACCUCAAGUACGACAAUUGCUAUAACGAAGGCCAAGCGGGAGUCCCCCUCCUCUCGUACAACCGCUAUGCGAACAUGUCAUUCGCACUCAACGCUACUGGGCGUCCGAUCCUGUACUCCAUGUGCAACUGGGGCGAGGAUGGGCCAUGGAACUUUGCUCCAACCAUUGCCAACAGCUGGAGAAUCUCAGGGGAUAUCUAUGAUAACUACGAUCGCUUCGACGAGCGCUGUCCGUGUCUGUCGAUGAUCGACUGCAAGCUUGCCGGAUACCAUUGCGCAAUGACGCGCAUAAUCGAUUUUGCUGCGCCAGUCGGCCAGAAGGCCGGAGUGAAUCAUUGGAACGACCUUGACAUGCUCGAGGUUGGGAACGGCGGGAUGACAUAUGACGAAUACGUGACACAUUUCUCCAUGUGGGCUGUGCUCAAGAGCCCACUCAUUCUUGGGAAUGAUGUCACCAACAUGACCAAUGAAACGCUGGAGAUCAUCACAAACGACGCGAUCAUCGCCGUCAACCAAGAUGCGAAUGGCUCGCCUGCCGAGCGCAUGUGGAAGAUCCCCAUCGCAUCCGGCGGCGACCUCUCGCUCUGGUCUGGAAGCCUCGUCAACGACACAUAUGUGAUCGCCCUGCUGAAUACCUCCCCAGAGACGCAGACGGCUAACGUCAGCUUCACCGACGUCUUUAUCGACGAGGGCCCUUCAUAUCAGAAUGGAACUUACGCGAUCUAUGACCUCUGGCAGAAGGACAGCUCCGGCGUGUGGGGCAAGGACGUCGGAACAUACACGACGAUGAUCCCGGAUGUGGUAAUUGGGAUGCAUCAGGUGCGCGUGUGGAAGGCGGCACCGGUCUCGAUGGGUAGCAGUAGGAGGAGGCGAGAUGUGGGGGAGUUGUGA